AUUGUGGUCGCAUAUUGAGUGAGGAUAAGAAUAAGAAUUCAUGGCCUGAACUUGGCUUCCAGACUCCACUGCAUCUCUCUCUUAACGUGAAGUUGUUGCGAAUUGCGAUGCGUAUUUGCCAAAUCGCAGUGAAGAGAAGCAUUUGGUUCCACGGUGGUGACUGCGAGGUUGUUAUGCUUCUCAGCAAUUCCAUUCCAGGGAUGACUGUGAUUAUGUCCAUUCCUAAUACUAACGGAAUUGCAACUCCAAGGUGUUCUCUUUCACUGAAGCCCAACCUAUCAUCAUCUCUUAGUUCUCUUCAUUCUUUCCAGUAUGGUAGCAGUAAGAUUGGAGUUCCUGUGAAUAUUAGAAUUGGGCCAGUGCAGGUUCGUCAACAUGCAUUAACCAUUAGAAAUGAAGUGCCACAAAAUGCUGAUUUUCCUCGGCGGUAUUCGAAAAAGGAAAAGAAGCCUUUUCCAGUACCCAUAAUAGAACUGCGAAGAGCAGCUAGGGAGAGGCUUAAGAAGAAGAUGAAAAAUGAGCCGCAAAAACCAUUGUCUUUGUCUGCACCAAAGAAUGGAUUGCUGGUGAAGAAACUCAUACCAACUGCUUAUAAAGUGUAUAAUUCGAGAAUCACUUUGAUUAACAAUCUGAAGAAGCUGCUCAAAGUAGUCCCUGUACACGCUUGUGGGUACUGCAGCGAAAUUCAUGUAGGCCCUGUUGGACAUCCGUUCAAGUCGUGUAGAGGCACACAAGCGAACAUCCGGAAAGGCCUUCAUGAAUGGACAAAUGCACAUUUUGAAGACAUAUUAACACCAGUUGAAGCCUAUCACCUCUCUGAUCGUCUUGGAAAGCGGAUUACUCAUGAAGAGCGAUUCUCCAUCCCUCGAAUUCCAGCUGUGGUUGAGCUCUGCAUUCAAGCUGGUGUUGAAAUUCCAGAGUAUCCCACAAAAAGGAGAAGAAAACCUAUAAUCCGUAUCGGGAGGAAGGAAUACGUUGAUGCUGAUGAAAGUGAAUUACCGGAUCAAAUGCCAGAGAACCCUCCAAAACUAUUACUAACUGAAAUACCUGAUUCAGAAAUAGUAGCUCCAGUGGACAAGGAGGAAAUAGUCCAGCUUGCUGAGGAAACACUUCAAGCAUGGGAACGGAUGAGGAAAGGUGCCAAGAGACUAAUGGGGAUGUACCGCGUGAGAGUCUGCGGAUAUUGCCCUGAAAUUCAUGUUGGUCCGCAGGGGCACAAAGCUCAGAACUGUGGAGCUCAUAAACACCAACAACGCAAUGGGCAGCAUGGUUGGCAGUCUUCAGUGCUCAAUGACUUGAUCCCGCCAAGGUUUGUGUGGCAUGUUCCUGAUGUAAACGGACCACCUCUGCAACGAGAGCUGAGGGAGUUUUAUGGGCAGGCUCCUGCUGUUGUGGAAAUGUGCAUUCAGGCUGGUGCUGCAUUACCAGAACAGUAUAAAUCGACCAUGCGGCUGGAUGUUGGGAUCCCAUCAACUAUGCAAGAAGCUGAAAUGGUGGUUUGAGAUGAAAUGCUCUGAUAAACAAACCCCAUGUUUUGAUUAGUGUAAAUUGCAUGUACUACGUAGGGUGUCAAACUGAAUGCAAUGGGAUUUUGUUUUUAAGAAUUGAAAUCUUGGUAUGUUCUGGAUUUCUGGCUGGGGUAGUUUUGGUAGUUAGACAAACUUUUUGUGUCAGCUACUGUCCUCGGAAUAUGGCAUAAGAUCUAUAAAAUUAGUGUAAAUUAUGAACAGGCUAGUGCAUUGAUAAUAUAAUGCAUUAAGAUCCAUGUGUUGUUGUAAAA